AUGUCCGCCGGGAAUGAUGACAUUGCCAAUACUUAUCCUUUUAGGAGUGUCCGCUACAACAUUUCCUUAUACUCUGCUCAUUUUCCUAUGGGAUGGUGCGAGGAAGAUCGGAGUGACGAGUAUGCCGCCGGUCGGAUCCGUGCUGGCACAGAGGACAAUCGGUGGAAGCUUGAGGUGGGAGUGCUCAGAGCCAGUAAGCCAAGCGGCUCAGCUCUUCAGCUCUUCAGCUCUUCAGCUCUUCAGCUCUCUGCCAAGCUCAAGGACCAUAGUGCACAGAUCCCUGGUGUCAGAGUCACUAAUCUAUCAGGAUUCGAGGUCGAAAACAAGGGAUGCUAUGGCACAGGGAAUAUAGAAUUGAGCGUACUGUGCAAUCGUCUGGAUGACCUCGAAACUUGCAAGGACGACACCAAGUUUUUGUUCUGGGACAGCUAA